AUAUGGCGUAUCAAGUACGUCAGCCUUUUCGGGCCUAAACCAGUUGACGCCAUCGCCGAGUCGAAACCCUGCUGCGAUGGAGGCGGCCGAGGCGGCGGCGGCGGCGACCGCCGCCGCGGAGGGAGAGGACAGGAGCGGCGGCACGAAGGGCAGCUGGUACGCGGUGGGGCAGCGAGCGGUGCUGGUGCCGUACCUGCGGGAGCACGUGCCGCGGUACCACGAGUGGAUGCAGGACCCGGCGCUGCUGGAGGCCACCGCGUCGGAGCCCCUCUCCCUCGCCCAGGAGUUCGACGUCCACCGCUCCUGGACCCUCGACCCCCUCAAGCAUACGUUCAUAGUGUUGGACAAGGAGUUGAUCGAGGGAGAGUUCGUGCCUGGCAACCCGCACACUGAAGCUAUGGUUGGUGAUGUGAACAUAUAUAUGAAUGACCCUGAUGAUUUGCAGCUUGCGGAGAUAGAGAUUAUGAUAGCUGAACAUAAGAGCCGUGGAAAGGGAAUCGGUCAAGAAGCAAUCUUACUGAUGAUGGCAUUUGCAGUAGAAAAGUAUGGGAUUCACACUUUCAGAGCAAAAAUUAGUGAAUCAAAUACGGCAUCCCUUAUACUCUUCAGGAAAUUGGGCUUCAGGGACGCUUCAUACAGUGCAGUUUUUAAGGAGGUCACACUGGAGGCACCUGCUGAUGCACUCCCGUUGAGAUUUCCUCUAACCUUAGGAGAUUGGUAACAUCUGAUGUGCCCCAAGGUGGCUUCUAAUUACCAAGUGGCAUUAAUGGAUUUCAUGGAGCGGAGCUACUGUCGUGCAACCGGCGUGACAAACUGAGUAACUGACUAUGUAUUCUCUGCCCAAGAAUUGUCUGGGGUGAUGUAUCUUGAAAUAGAAUAACAGCGCCCAACGAUUGUUAAACAGUUGAUGCUGCGUGAGGUAGCAUAUGUAGAGAGCUUCCCCUAUGGUCUGAUGUGUUGAAAAUAAACAUUGCGAGCUCGAACUGAAUGGCAUUCGUGGCAACAUGGGACAGGUUGCAGUAGUCUGCAGGAA